AUGUUCAUGAUUCUGGUACAGAUUUGCUAUACGAUUCUCUACUUCAUCACUGAAGCUUCUUUCAAACAUGGCCUGAAACCCUAUGUCUACGUGACUUACCGGCACCUUGUCGGGACGGUUUUCAUGUUCCCUUUCGCCUACUUCCUUGAAAGGACGCAGCGGCCCAAGCUGACGUUAGUCCUUUUCCUAGAGAUGUUCUUCCUGUCGCUGCUGGGGGUGGGUUUGCCUAUGAACAUGUACUUUAUGAGCUUGAAAUACACUUCACCAACUUUCGUUGCUUCAAUCGUGAACAUCAUAGUUCCUUUGACAUUUGUCAUAGCAGUUGUGACGAGGUUGGAGUCUCUUGAUCAUCGGCAUCCUCGAGGAAUAGCAAAACUUUUGGGGACCUUAAUUUCCUUAUCUGGUGUAAUGACCAUGGCACUAUUCAAAGGUCCCAUCAUUAAACAAUUAUGGAGUCCACUUUUAAAGAUAGAAGCGUCACAGAGUGAUGAUGAGAACCAUGAGAAAUGGCUGUUGGGUUCUGUUCUUAUGGUUGCAAGUUGCUUUAUAUGGUCAUUCUGGUACAUUAUGCAGGCCUUAACGCUCAAGAGAUAUCCUGCUCAGCUGUCAUUGACAACAUGGAUGAGCGCAAUUGGGACCCUACAAUCAGCAAUUUUUGCCAUUAUCGUAGAACGUGAAAGGGCAGCUUGGAGAAUUGGUUUUGAUAUUGAUUUAUGGUCUACUAUCUAUGGUGGAGUAGUAAUCUCAGGAUUCGUGAUCUUCAUUCAGCUAUGGUGCACAGAGGAAAAAGGGCCAGUCUUCGUCACCAUCUUCGGUCCUCUUACAACAAUUAUGGUGGCAUUUCUCGCUUACUUUAUCUUGGGCGAGACACUCUACUCUGGAAGUAUAAUAGGGGCAGCAUUCGUCGUCAUUGGAUUAUACUUAUUACUAUGGGGCAAAGAAGGCGAUGUAGAAGAAGCGGCUGGCGUGAAACAUGAAGAAACCCUUCCAUCUUGUACUAGUAGCGAGCAAAUAGAAAUAGUUGGACAAAAAGCUCUUUCAGCUUAA